CAUAGUUUCCAUACGCCGUUACGUCAUGCUUUCUAUAGUGCACGUGUACAGGGAGUAGGGAGCGAUUUGGGAGUGAACCGAGCUGUCGUGACUUGUGGACGCCAAAACAGAAGGAUGGCGGAAGGCUUCCUGAUGGAGGUAUGUGUGGAUUCAGUUGAGUCGGCAAUAAACGCAGAAAGGGGAGGUGCUGGCCGUAUCGAACUGUGUUCCAGUCUUAUUGAAGGCGGCAUCACACCCAGUGUUGGUCUGCUGCAGGUGGUUAAGGAGAACGUGCAGAUCCCCGUGUAUGUGAUGAUCCGACCUCGAGGAGGCGACUUCCUCUACUCCGAGCGGGAGGUGGAGGUGAUGAGGAGGGACAUAGAGCUGCUGAAGAGACACAAGGCUGACGGAUUUGUGCUGGGGGCGCUGACCGAGGAUGGACGAGUCGAUGCUGAGCUCUGCAUGGAGCUCCUGGCUACUUGUCGGCCGCUGCCAGUUACAUUUCACCGAGCAUUUGAUAUGGUCCAUGAUCCAUGCGUUGCCGUAGAAACCCUGGUCUCCCUUGGCUUCGAGAGGAUUUUGACGAGCGGCUGUGACAGCUCGGCUCUGGAGGGUUUACCCGUCAUCAAGCGUCUUGUAGAACAGGCAAAAGACAGAAUAAUUAUAAUGCCAGGUGGAGGCAUCACCGAGCGUAACCUGCAGAGGAUACUGGAAGGUUCUGGCGCGCAGGAGUUUCACUGCUCGGCACGUUCCACCAAAGACUCCGCCAUGAAAUAUAGAAACUCCAGCGUGAAUAUGGGAGCGUCCCUCACAGCACCCGAGUAUUCGCUCAAGGUGUCCGACGUAGGAAAAGUGCGCACUCUCAAUGCCAUUGCCAAGAACACUCUCUAGGGGGCACUCUAUAAAGAGGCGAUAUUUAGGGAGCAGGUCCUCCUUGAACUGGAGCGAGUCCCAAAGUCUGUUGUACUGUUUGGAUUUCCUAAAGAGAGCUUUUUUUUUUUUUUCUUUUUAAGAGCUGAGUCUGUGUCUCAGUUUUCUUUCUCAUACUGAGCCAUAAUACAGUGAUUCAGUUACACUGGUAUGAAAUAGCACACAUUUUUAUUCCUGCUUCACCGACGCUCAUUGAUCAAAAUGUGCUUGUUUAUUCGCAUUAUGUGGUUCAUUCAAAUUGCCCAUCUCUGUAAAUGCCAUCUCCUCUUGAUUUCUCGCUUCAUUCAGUCUCACCAGUGUCGUUUUUUUUCCCUCAAAUUAAAGUCCUCGAUUACUGUGAUAAUUAA